AUGAAGUCGUUUUUCUCGCUCUUCUCGCUGCUCUUUGCCGCAGCAGUGCACGCCAUCAGUGCUACAGGUGGAGAGAGGCUACUGGUACUGCUGGAUGAUGUCGAAGAGAAAGAGCAAUACUCCACGUUCCUCGGCGACUUGGAGAGCCGCGGGUUCAAGAUCAGUUACGAAACCCCCAAGAGCGAGUCACUGAAGCUCUUCCACCUUGGCGAGCGAACUUUUGACCACGUUCUGCUGUUCCCCUCCAAAAUCAAGAGCCUUGGUCCUAACCUGACCCCCAACAUCCUCGUUCAGUUCGUGAAUGCUGAGGGCAACGUCCUCCUCACCACGAGCUCCGCGUCCACGAUCCCGUCAACCGUUGCCAACCUUCUUGCCGAGUUUGAUAUCUCUCUCCCCCUUGAGAGGACCGGCCUCGUGGUUGACCACUUCAACUACGACACCAUCAGUGCCGCUGAGAAGCAUGAUGUUCUCGUCCUCCCCGCCCCCGCCGCUGUCCGACCCGAUGUCAAGUCAUACUUCCGCCCCGAGACUGAGCCCAUCAACGAGGUCAUCGCAUUCCCCUCCGGCGUCGGCCACACUCUCGGCGCCAGCGCCCUUUUGACCCCCAUCCUGCGCGCCCCCAAGACCGCCUACAGCUACAACCCCAAGGAGCAGGGCGACGUUAUCGACGCCGACGAGCUGUACGCCGCAGGCGAGCAGCUUUCCCUGGUAUCUUCUUUCCAGGCACGCAACUCUGCGCGCUUCACCGUGGUUGGAUCAGCGGACCUCUUGAGCAACAAGUGGUUCGACGCCAAAGUCCAGGUCAAGGGUGGGGACAAGGCGAAGACGUGGAACCGCGAGUUCGCCAAGAGGGUUGCCGGCUGGACCUUCCACGAGAUUGGUGUUCUGCGUGUCAACGGCAUUCAGCACUACCUCAAGGAGUCCCCCGAGGACCUGAACCCUUCCAUCUACAGGAUCAACAGCACUGUGUCUUAUUCCGUGUCGCUUUCAGAGUACUCGUGGGACAGCUGGGGCCCGUUCUUUGUGCCUGAGGACGAUGAGCUCCAGGUCGAGUUCAGCAUGCUUUCUGCGUACCACCGUCGCAACCUGAAGCCAGUUCACAGCGACCUCAAGGCGGCGACGUACGAGACGACGUUCGACCUGCCGGACCAGCAUGGCGUUUACAACUUCUUGACAAACUACAAGCGCCCUUUCCUCUCCAACGUUUACGAGAAGAACACCGUCACUGUGCGCCACAUGGCUCACGACGAAUUCACUCGCUCUUACGCCAUUACGGGCGCCUGGACACCACUGGGAGGCAUCGUCAUCACCGUUCUGGGCUUCCUGUCUUUCAGCGCUGUCUGGAUGUACAGCGCGCCAGCAAAGCAGGUGGGCGCCAAGAAGACGCAGUAA